AUGGGACCCACUGCUUCUAUGAUGUUUUGGUUGUGGCUGCUUGUCACCAUCAGUUGCAAGUCUGCAAAUGGAGGACUCGAGACACGAGUGGCUGGUGAUGUCGAUAAGAAUGGGAAAUUCAAUGUAUCUCUUAUUCGAGUGAUUUUACAAGAUGGAGAAUUGAAAGACGAAUGCUUUGCACAGCUUCACAGUGCCUCAGGCGCCUUGUCCUGUCCGCGAUUUCCAAAAGGCCUUGAAGUUAAUCAUCAAGUCCAAAGACAAAGGAAAACUAAUACUAGAGCACAUUCUAUUGUAUGAAAAUGUACAAUAGGAGAGAACGAAGCUGUUGGCAUUGUAGCAGGGCCAUCGGAUCUGCCCAAAAUGGAGUCCAAAAUGCGACUUCGUGCCUUGAGAACAAGCCAUUCCUUUGGAUGACAGCAUUAAGUAAUUUAUGAUUUGGUAUUGGAUGUUGUCAUUUGAUAUGAUUUUGGGUAAGGUUCGUGUUUCGUGGAGACCAUACACAUUUGGUAGAGGACAAAAAACAGGACAGAUUUUACUUUGAACUGGCAGAGGAGAAAAAGAGGAGCUCCCAAGGGUGGAAAAGGGAAUGAAGUCAAUGUCAUGAGAUGGAACAGAGCAGUUAUGUGCGCUGGAGAUGAUUUAUUUGAUCCAUGCAGUUUGUUUGCAGCACGUCAUCUAAAGUGGUUACAGAUUGAUGUUGAUGUGCAGCCAUUCCAAGUUGAAAAAGCUUUAUUUUGCUACUGAGCUUUAUUUUGAAACAUCAAAAACGGAAUUCAGAGGUUAAUUAGAUGAGGGAAAAUGCCUCCUUUCUAGGUGGGUGGACAGGAAAUUGCGUAGAAUGGAAGGUAGUACGAAACUUCCAUCCACCAGUCUGAAGAUUAAGGAUGAAUGGGAGCAAGAAAAAGGAAGGUGAUUUUUGAUAUUGGAUGUUGUCAUUUGAUAUGAUUUUUGGUAAGGUUUGUGUUUCCUGGAGCCUACACACAUUUGGGAUAAGAUUUUGAGACUUCUAAUGGGCAUGGACUUAAAGAAUUGGCAAAUUUGUUGGGAAGUCAACUCUGCUGUAGAUUAUAUAGCAAAUAAAGGAGUGGAGCUACAGGUUGCAAGCUUUCAAGCUUACCACUUAUGGUUGGAAUGCUUAUCUCUGAGGAUCGGCUACAGGUUGCAAACUUGCUGAAGAGAUCCUCAUAGAUUCUGGUCUUUUUUUGGUUAUUUUUCUUCAUAGAUCUGCACCUACAGAUUGUAAACAAAUCUUUUCUCCUUAGAUUUUCAUCUACAAAUUGUAAACGAAGCAUUCUU